UCAGAAAGGCAUGAAGGCUAUAACAGGGUGAACUCCGUUAUGUUAAGAUAGCGCCAUUACUUUAUCCCUUAAUUAAUUACGAUUGCCCCGUUGUCUGAAUUUUACGGCUUUGAGGACGAUGAAGUAACGCGUCUCCAAAAAUGUGACAACUUUAUUGGAUAGCUUGACAAGAUUGACCCCGGGGUCUACAAAUGCGUCUCAAGCCAUUGUUAGUUCUCUUUAUGUGGAGGAAAUUGAGUUCAAUGCUGUGAGUAAACUUGAGAGGAUCUGGAAUCUCGGUCUAAGAAGGAAAAACUGUGCGCUUCUUUGGUAUGGCGGCAUAUCAAGCGAUCCUUCUCUGCCUUGUGAUCUGUUUCCUUCUUCUUUCUACUUCUGAAUCAGCAAGAAAAAGGCAGCGAUUUCACCAACGAAAUCUGCAUGAUUAUUGUAAGGCGGCUCUUCGCCGUGGAAUAGUCGGAUCGGCGAUUGAGCUUCACGCUUAUUUCGACUUAACGUCCAACAACAAGGGAUUUUCCUGCCUCAAAGUAUCGGCUUGCCAGGGUGUACCUGUGUGCUUUGUAACCAAGCAGCCGUACCUGCGAGACAAAAGUGUGAACGAUACCACGACUUGGCAAGACUUGAUGAACUUCAUACAGAGAGAUCGGCGGAUCGAGCCUAUCUAUGACCAUUCUAUGGACGGGCUGAAUGGGGACAAGUACAAGGCAUUGAGUCAGUUUGUGCGGCCAGAGUACCAGGCUGCAAUCUAUAGGAUGUGUCGGGACGCUACCGUGUACAGAUUCGUGACGUACAAUACCAGCUCAUCAUCUAACGUAUCGACAACAAGAUCCCCCGUGACUGUUGCAAGGACUAUCACGUCGCAAAGCUCCAAUCGUCAGAGGGUAUGUGAGAUCUUUGGGAACACAAGCGGGCGAAGCCGACGUGUGCGGGGAAAGAGGGUUCAACAGAACUCGACCAACAACCUCUUACAAUGCACAGGGCUCGACUGCCCUUGCGAGCGGAUCUGCGUGGGCCAAGGGAAGAGGAAAAACUUCUCGGAUUGCUCAACGUUUCGCGUCAUCUGCACGUUCAGUUGCGGAGAUGAUGAUCUUCAACAAAGCCAAAACGACCGAGCGCAAAGACGAACGCGCAAGCAGAAACGGAAGCGCAGACAACGGAACAAGAAAAACCAGAAAAAGAAAUCAGAUUAGCGAGACAUAAGACGUGACGAUGCUGGCUCUAAAGUAGCCGGUUUUAGAAAAAAAGGGGGGAGGGAAGGAAAGGGAAUUUGACACGACGUUAGAUUUUGGCAUGACGCAUUUUACAUGUGUGAACAAACAAUUUCCGAAAAGAGGUGCGACUAGAGUACCCGAACUCCCCUGUCUACCUGGGGUGUCUACGGUGACACCACAGGUUGACCGUAGGAGAGUAAACGGUUUUUUUUCGGACACUCCCUUAAGGGUGCAACCCAAUAUACCCUCGAACACGACGUCAACCAGUCAACGUAUCAAGAAAUUGUUGUCGGAAGUACACUAAAGCUUUAUUAUCUCAGGCUUUGACUGGCUUCUGAAUUCCCUAGCAAUCCCUGAUAAAAUUAAAUGGCUUUCUGUAUUUUCGUCUACUUUUUUGCCGUGUCCGCUUGUUUUGAUUGACAUUUUUUUUCACAAAUAGGAAAUAUUAUCAGAGAUUAAGAAAAAUGGAAGAAACCGAAUACUACAGAUCCGGACCAAUUUAAAAACUUUUCGUUUUCUUUUUCUUUAUACUAUGACAAUAAGAAUUCGUCGUGUCUACGCUAUAAUAAAUAAUAAUAAUAAUAGGUCGACCACUUCAUUUUCUAACACCUAACUGGUAAACUAUAUUACACUAGAGGGACAGUUUAAAAUAUCAUGCGAAGAAGAGAUCCGAGUUUGUAUUGUCUUAGGAAGGCCUGGGGGGAUGGCUAUAUCUCAAAGUAAUAUAGGGGAAAGUUGUAAAUGCUAAUAUAAUUUGUUUAAAGUAUAUCAAAGAUACUCUUAAAGACCUGUAAAACAGGGCGAUAAUUAGAAAUAAAGCAAAUGUUUGGAUAA